GGUUGAUGGGUAGUGUGAGAAGCUGUUCGAAACUUCUUGCUUUUGACCGACAGCGCCGUAAACUUCGACUGACGCGAGCUACGUUCGUAGAAUCACUGCGCGAGGAUCCCCCUUAGCAGUGAAGGUUUUCUGCCGCGACUCCGACCAGAACGAUGCCGGUCGACGCUAGAGUUCUCCUACUGAGCCUGGGAGCUUUGAUGUGCACAUUAUGUAUCUCAUUUCACCGCAUAGAGGAAGGACACAUGGGUGUAUAUUACAGAGGCGGAGCGCUGUUGAAGACGCUCUCGAAUCCGGGGUUCCACCUCAUGAUACCUUUCAUCACCACGUUCCGAUCGAUACAGAUCACAAUGCAGACCGAUGAGGUGAAAAACGUCCCCUGCGGAACCUCGGGCGGAGUUAUGAUAUAUUUCGAUCGGAUCGAAGUUGUCAAUGUUCUAGCUCGGGAGAGUGUCUAUGAGAUUGUGAAGAAUUACACGGCGGAUUAUGACAAGACUCUUAUCUUCAACAAAGUGCAUCACGAGCUAAAUCAGUUCUGCUCGAGACACAAUCUGCAAGAGGUGUACAUCGACUUAUUCGAUCAAAUCGACGAGAACCUUAAGACAACACUGCAGCGAGAUUUGACCGUCCUCGCACCGGGUCUAUACGUACAAGCGGUUCGAGUGACGAAACCGAAAAUUCCGGAGACCAUCAGACGAGAUUACGAAGCUAUGGAAGCCGAGAAGACCAAAUUGCUCAUUUCGGUCCAGCGCCAGAAGGUGGUCGAGAAAGACGCUGAGACGGAGAGGAAGAAAGCAGUCAUCGAGGCGGAGAAGAACGCUCAAGUUGCGAGAAUUCAGCACGAACAGAGAAUUUCCGAGCAAGAAACUCUCAAGAAAAUGAGUCUGAUCGAGGACGAAAUGUAUCUCUCGAAACAGAAAGCAUUAGCCGACGCGGAUCACUACGCGAAAGAGCGCGAGGCUGCCGGAAAUAAAUUGUUGUUGACGAAGGAGUAUCUCGAGCUGAGGCGAUACCAAGCUCUGUCGGCGAACAACAAAGUAUACUUUGGCAAGGACAUACCGAGCAUGUUCUACGACAGCUGCAACCCCCUCCCAGCCAAAGAAGUACUAGGGGCAGCUACUAAACAGACGAGCGGUGCAAGGUGAUGAAUAAUCGGGAUUCUCAUCCCGUCGCAUCUCGGUGUCAUUCCAACCAGUGGAGGGAGACCGUUGAGACGUGCCAACGUGGUUUCCGCGAUGAUGAGGACCGAUAGAGGACGAAGCACGGUGUUGCUGAGAUCGAACUUACCACAAAUUAUAUCCAAUGUGCACUUGGUGAUAAUGGGGACGACAUCGAAGUCUGUACCAAUUUUUUCCUCCAAACAUUCUACGAAUACUUCCGCUUGCUCAUUCAUUACGGGCAAGAAAUCCUCCAGGAUGCGAAAAUGGAAUGCCGGCGUCAGCAUCUUUCUCCGGGAGCGCCACUUGUUUCCCCAACUGGAAGAGAAGUUUCCCUAUUUAUAGAUUUUGAACCCGUUGUUUUCUAUUAUAUUCCUGAUUAUGGUGAUGAAAGUGUUGACGAAUAUUCUGCUGCGUGAUUGAAUGAGGGGCUGAGAAUAAAUGUUUUGAUAUAU